AUGCAACACAUCCUUCGAUGCCGCUCGCUGUGGCGAGCUUCCACUCUGGAUACAAAUCUUGGAUAUCGACCCCAAGUCUACGGAGGAUCAAUAGUACGAUUCGCCUCAACAUGGGCACAAGACGCGGAAGAAGCAAAUCGGGAAUCAAACGGACCUCCGUUAUCCGGACGAGUACACAUCCUCGGAAUUGGAAACGUCGGGUCAUUCAUCGCCCACUCCCUAGCUGCCCGCAACUCCCCACCGCCCAUCACCUUAUGUAUGCAUAACAAAUUACUCUACAGUGCCUACCGUUCCCACAAGGAAAGCAUUGCCGUGAGCAUUCAUGGCAUGGACAAUAUACAGAAGGGAUUCGACGUUGAAGUAGUAGACGAAAAUGGAGCUUGGUAUCCAGCACCUUCGAAGCAUGACCGUGGGCCAGGCGGCAAAGUGUCGCCGUUUUUCGAACCGGAAGAAGCUGGUCCCAUCGAAAACCUGAUUGUAUGCACCAAGGCUCACCACACAGUGCUUGCUAUGCAAGACAUAGCUCACCGUUUGACGCCCGAAUCGACUGUUUGUUUUAUUCACAAUGGUAUGGGUGUCAUCGAUAUCCUCAACCAAAAGGUCUUCCCGAAUCCUGAGACAAGACCCAAUUACAUUCAGGGCGUCUUCAGCCAUGGCUUGACCCGGAAACAACAGUUCAGCAUUGCCCAUAUGGGAGUUGGUACUACAAUUCUCAGUCCCGUGGGACACCGCGUUGCUCAUCUCACAGGAGCUGAUGCCGAAAAAUCGUGGGCGCCAACGACGAAAUAUCUGAUGCAGCUCUUGACAUUAACCCCGGCUUUGGUUGCUACCGCUGAAACACCGGCAGGACUGAUUCAGUACCAACUUGAGAAGUUGGCAGUCAAUUGCUGCAUUAACCCUAUUACUGCACUAGGCGAGUGUAACAACGGCGAGCUCCUUUACUCGUUCAGCUACACCCGCGUCAUGCGAUUGUUGCUAUUCGAGAUCUCGGCUGUGAUCUGUGCUCUUCCUGAACUGCAAGGUGUCCCAGGUAUCGAAGAUCGCUUCUCUGCAGAACGCUUGCGUCGCUUUGUUGUGAGUAUCGCUCGUAUGACUGCUCGGAAUGAAAGCUCUAUGUUGCAGGACAUCAACAACUGCAGGACAACUGAGAUCGAAUACUUCAAUGGCUAUAUUGUGCGUCGUGGUGAAGAAUUGGGUAUCAAAUGCGCACUCAACUACAUGAUGAAGCAUCUCAUCACUGGCAAAGCAACUGCCCUCGCACAGAGAGACCGCGCCGAGGUGCCUUUCAGUCACGAGACCAUCAUGUUCGAUGGCGAGGAACCUUAA